AUGGCUGUGGAAGGACAACCAAAAACACUCACUUGUCUAUUCGAUACAACUGCUAAAUUACCAUAUCUAUUCUAUUACAAACACCUAGCAAAUGUCAACACCAUGUUUAUGCUGAGAAGGGAUAUGUUUUCACCUGGGGAAACUGCCACUGGGUUCAAGGAGAGAUUUCAUGCCCGUCUGAAAGUCACAGCAAAAUUAGUCCCCUUGACAAUCCAGAGGGUGCAGCUGUCUGACUCUGUUGUGUACUACUGUGCUUUGAGGCCCACCGUGACAACAGGAUAUACAGCCCCCCUACAAAAACUAGUGUAUCCUUGGCACUAGUGUAGAAAAAAAUACAAGCCUUACUUCUGUGGUGGGUGUGACGUUAGCAGGGCUGUACACCUCACACAGUGACACACAGAAUAACAUUUCAGAGGAGAGUGAAUGCAUGCAAACAUCAGUCUGAAGAUGGAGAAAUCAAUCAGUGUAUUGAUCAUUCUGAUUAUGGCUACAGGUAAACAAUACCUAAACAUUUGAACUCCUUCCAUCCUUAUAAUCAGAUUAUUAUUAUGGUACUGGUAGGAAAACAAUGAUGAAGUAAAGUCAUUUAAAUGUGAAUAGUAAGCAUGUGUUUUCAAUCAGCUUUAUUAUCUAUUUUUCCUCUGCAGGAAUGGUAUCUGGAGAUAGUUUGACUCCUGACAAGGAGGAGUACACCCCCACUGAGGGAUCAUCAGUGACUCUGAGCUGUACAUAUGAAACAAGCAGCGAUUAUAUUUACCUUUACUGGUACCGGCAUUAUUCUAACCAGGCUCCUCAGUUUUUACUGUGGAAAGGUGCCAGAUCAUUGAGCUCCUCUGAACAUAUCCCUGAUAAGAGAUAUACAUCCAAAACGUCUCAGAAAUCAACUGAACUGGUUAUAACAAGCCUAACCCUGGCAGACACAGCUCUCUACUACUGUGCUCUUGACACAGUGAUACAAAGUCUAUAAGACGUUGUACAAAAACCUGCAGACCAGAAAUGCUUUGAUGAAGUGGAAAUCAUAAUUAAACAUCAACCACAUUCAAUGUUAUAAUUGCAGAGGUUGAGAUCAGAGAAUUGUGGUCACACCUUUGCUGUGUGCAAUCACCAGGUGGUCUAGUGUUUCUCUGUCUUCAUAUUCAAUGAACUGUAAGAAAGAUGUAUUUGUUAAUUUCUAGUCUUCAAUUUCAGUUAGACAGGUAUUUUAAUAUUGGUUGGAGAAUCACUUGGGAAUAUGACAAAGUACAACAAUGUUAUUGUUUGUGGUUACUCCUCCUCACAAUUUACACAGCUUUGGCUGUAGUGGAACAGGUUGAGAGCUUCAAGUUCCUUGGUGUCCACAUCACCAACAAACUAUCAUGGUCCAAACACACCAAGACAGACGUGAAGAGGGCACGACAAAGCCUAUUUCCCCUAUUCCCCCUAAGGAGACUGAAAAGAUUUGGCAUGGGUCCUCAGAUCCUCAAAAAGUUAUACAGCUGCACAAUCGAGAGCAUCCUGAUUGGUUGCAUCACUUCCUGGUAUGGCAACUGUUCGGCCUCCGACCGCAAGGCACUACAGAGGGUAGUGCGUACGGCCCAGUACAUCACUGGGGCCAAGCUUCCUGCCAUCCAGGACCUCUAUACCAGGCGGCGUCAGAGGAAGGCCCUAAAAAUUGUCAAAGACUCCAGCCACCCUAGUCAUAGACUGUUCUCUCUGCUACCACAGGGCAAGCGGUACCGGAGCGCAAAGUCUAGGUCCAAAAGGCUUCUUAACAGCUUCUACCCCCAUGCCAUAAGACUCCUGAACAGCUAAUCAUGGCUACCUAAACUUUUGCAUUGUCCCCCUCACCCCACCCCGCCCCACCCCAUCUUUUACACUGCUGCUGCUCUGUUUAUUAUCUAUGCAUAGUCACUUUAACUCUACCCACAUGUACAUAUUACCUCAAUUACCUCGACUAACCAGUGCCCCCGCACAUUGACUCUGUACCGGUACCCCCUGUAUAUAGGCACCCUACUGUUAUUUUAUUUUACUGCUGCUCUUUAAUUAUUAUUAAAGACACCUCCUUUGGCCGCCAUUCCUUCCAGUUCUCUGCUGCCAAUGACUGGAACGAAUUGCAAAAAUCUCUGAAGCUGGAGACUCUUAUCUCCCUCAAUAACUUUAAGCAUCAGUUGUCAGAGCACCUUACCGAUCACUGCACCUGUACACAGCCCAUCUGAAAUUAGCCCACCCAACUACCUCAUCCCUAUAUUGUUAUUUAUUUUGCUCUUUUGCACCCCAGUAUCUCUAUUUGCACAUAAUCUCUUGCACAUCUAGCAUUCCAGUGUUAAUACUAUUGUAAUUAUUCUGCACUAUAGCCUAUUUAUUGCCUUACCUCCAUAACUUGCUACAUUUGCACACACUGUAUAUAUAUUUUCUGUUGUAUUUCUGACUUUAUGUUUUUUUUUACCCCAUAUGUAACUCUGUGUUGUUUUUAUUGCACUACUUUGCUUUAUCUUGGCCAGGUCACAGUUGUAAAUGAGAACCUGUUCUCAACUGGCUUACCUGGUUAAAUAAAGGUGAAAAAAAAAUAAAAAAAAAUAAAAAAAAAUAAAUAUUAUUAUUAUUAUAAUUAUUACCUAUUUUUUACUCAACACUUUUUUUCUUAAAACUGCAAUGUUGGUUAAGGGCUUGUAAGUAAGCAUUUCACUGUAAGGUCCACACCUGUUGUAUUCGGCGCAUAUGGCGAAUACAAUUUGAUUUGAUUUGAUUUUGGUGGUGUAGUAUGAAAGUCAGCCUGAAGGGGACAACCUAACAAAGCACACACACCCCUGAAUCAGAGGAUGUCAUACAGACAGACACCUCCCAUGGUCUACUACUGAAUAUAAUACAGAACAACAUGAAGAAUCAACAGUAGGACAGAGGGGGUCAAAGCUCUGCGAUAGAUAGAUCAGCAUUGUUCUGCUCCUUACCUUUUACACUUCAAACUGACUGACUAGUCAUGAGAAACUGGCUGAUCCUGCAUGUUCUGGCUGCAUGCUGCUUUGGUAUAACAUCACUUUCUUCAUCUGUCUCUUUCUGUGGAUUUAUUCAUUUUAUUUAUAUACAUUAUUAUUAUAUGUUGUGAAGAUAUAUUUAUCUUUCUUUUCAGGUUGCAGAGCAGAAGACAAUGUAACACAGCCAACAGAAGACGUAAUGGCCGUAGAAGGACAACCAACAACAGUCACUUGUCUAUUUGAUACAACUGAUCAAUCACCAUAUCUCUUCUGGUACAAACAACAAACAAAUAGCAACCCCAUGUUUAUGCUGAGAAGGGAUACAUUUUCACCUGGAGACAGUGCUACUGAGUUCAAGGAAAGAUUUGAUGCCCGUCUGAAUGUCACAGCAAAGUCAGUUCCCUUGACGAUCCAGAGGUUGCAGCUGUCUGACUCUGCUGUGUACUACUGUGCUCUGAGGCCCACUUUGACAACAGGAAAUACAGCCCCCUUACAAAAACUAUUCGGUUCAGAUGUGCCCAUAGAAACAUUCAGUACUACUGAAAAUGUGGGACCCAAAACAAAAAGUGUAUUUCAAUAUACUUUAUGUACAUUAGUAGACCUGAAUUAGAUACUCUGUAGGCUACAUGAGUGAAUGUACCUGAAUUAUAAUAGAAUAACUGUACCUUUUCAAAACAAAAACAAAAAAUGUUUGUCAUACUCACAUCAUGGAACAUUUGUGUAAUUGACAAUUGCUUUAAGCUACUUUCCAUUUCAUGUGAGCUAGACGUAAGCUUUUCACUUUGUCUAAUAUACUGCAGAGAGUGGGAAUGUCUAAUAUUGCCAGACACAAUAUUGACCCAUACAUUUUUAUACAAUCUUUCCUCUCUCUGAACAGGCUCCUCCUUCAUGUCUGUCAGUUGAUGGUGAUAUACAGGCUGAGAUGGACAUGGAAGAGAGAGAGAGAGGAUCUCUACCUCUUACUGUAACUCACAGUCACUCUCUGUGUGCUCUGCAUAACCAUGGUACUCUGUCUGAUCAUCUGGCUGGUUCUUGCUGUAUUGUGCUUCGGUAUGAAGGAACCUUUUCUCUCAUUGAUUUAUCUCAUCUUUAACUAAUUUUAACUAUAGUGUUAUCAUUUCUAUAAUCUUAAAAUUAUCACUCAGUCUUAAUUUUUUUCCCCAGCGUGCAGAGGAGACAAUGUGCAACAGCAACCAGGAGGUGUGAUUGCUACAGAAGGAGGACUGGUAACACUGAGUUGUAAAUAUAGCACAACCAGUGCUAAUAAUGUAUAUCUAUAUUGGUACAAACAAAAAGCAAAUUACUUCCCUAACAUAUGCUGACCCAUUAUUAUUUUGGAUCUUGAGACACUGCUGCAGGGUUCAAGGAGAGGUUUGAUGCAAGUCUAAAUGGCAAGAAACAAUCAGUCCCCUUGAUGAUCUGGAGGGUGCAGCUGUCUGACUCUGCUCUGUGCUACUGUGCCCUGCAGCCCACAGUGACAGGAAACCUGUGCACACUGUACAAAAACCUGGAAAGAAAACUGACAUCCCCUAGACAUCCCCUCAUUUUCUGUUUCAACAUUACCUUUCAUAGACAAAACACACAUACACAGAAAAUGAGCAAUGAAAGAUUUUCAAUGAACACUAAAAAUUAAUAUAAUAUGGAAAAGUGACAGAAAUGUAUUAAGGCUAUCUGAUUGUUGUCACGAUCGUCGUAGGGAACAGACCAAGGCGCAGCGUGAUGAACGAACAUACUUUAAUUAGUUAAAGUGUAAACACAAUACAAAACAAGAAACGACUCGUGAAGUCCACGGUAUCAAUGACCGAACACGGAACAAGAACCCACAAACACAAAGGGAAAAUAGACAGUAUAAAUAUGGCUCCCAAUCAGAGACAACCAACGACAGCUGACACUCGUUGCCUCUGAUUGGGAGUCACUCUAGCCAACAUAGAAAUAAACCCAACAGAAUUACCAACAUAGAAAGAACACACCCUGGCUCAACAUAUAGAGUCCCAGAGCCAGGGUGUGACAAUUGUGUUGCUUAUAUAUACUUUAGAUUCUAGAUUUAAAUUAGAAAAGAAAAGAAAUGUAAUGAAUGAAUGCCUCAUGUUGAAUAAAUGAAUAUCUUGCAGAUCUUGCAUCAAGCAACUCUGUUGCCCUAAAAUCAAGAAAAUAAAUGGGUAUAAAUAACACAGUUUUAUCCAAUAUCCAAUAGAGGGAGACUAAGGUAAUCAUAUUUCAGUGCAGCCCUGCAUUUUGAGGAUGUAACAGUGGCAUCAAGCAGCAGCAAGAAGUCUGCUGUUACUUCUGCUGAUCUGACAACUCUCUGUAUUUUAAGGGUGGGGCUUCAAAGGUUUGAGAACAGAUGGUCCAUUCAAAACUAGAAGGAGGAGGAUGUUUUUUUAGUAUACACAAAUCUUGUUGUUCUGUGUGUUAUCAUUUUAACUUCCAGUUUCAGCCACAAUGUCAACCCCCACAUUUAUUUUGCUUUUAGUACUUGCAUGUAAGUAAUCUACUAUAAUCUGUAAAAAAAAUAUAUGUUUUAUGUUGAAUCGAAACAAAGAUUUUAUGCGUUGAAAAUAGAUCUAUAACAGAGUAAUAAUUGAAGAAUAACAUAUUUUGCAUCUCUUGCAGGUGACAGUAAUGGUCAGACCAUUGAGCCAAUCAGAGAGGAGGUGUAUGCUCCAGCAGGUAGCAAUAUUACACUUUCAUGCACCUACUCAUCUGCAGUCUCUCUUCAAUGGUAUCUCCAGGACCCUGGAUCAGCUCCUCAGUAUAUCCUGCUUAUCCUGCAUGAUGUUGGGUCUCCAUCACGGGCUCCAGGUCUGGAUCCUAGACUGUCAGUCAAACUAAAUGAUGAGAAGACCCGUGUGGAUCUGGAGAUCUCCUCUGCUAAAGAGAAAGACUCUGCUAUGUACUACUGUGGACUGACGCCCACAGUGAAAGGAAACCUACAUACGCUGUACAAAAACCUAACCUGA